CACACGGUAAGUAGACAUGUACUGUGGUUUCUGUGGUGAUCGUCAUCUAGCUACCACAGACAGCCAGUUAACUCACAACCCGGAAAACAAACUGUGAUGCAUUUGUGUCGUGAAAGACAGACACACAGAGGCAUACAAUGAUACAUUGGCACACAACGGUUGAGUUUAAGAUAAGAGCUGUUGGAUAUGAUUUGCUGUCAUUGUGUAAGCUUUUAGAGUAACAGAGGAUACAAUACGUAUUACCUGUGUGGUGUUUGGGCUAAUUAGGGAAGUUUUACCUGGCUGCCUUCCCCAUAUCAGUGCCCCCUUCAAUGGCUGCCGAUGACUACAAUCCUGUCUCCCUCCGACACAAAUCCAAGAAGACGACCCGAGGAAGCAAUGGUACGAUGAGCAGAAGACGAAUCUCGGUCAAAGAGCUGGGUCAACCAGACCACCAGGGCUGGCUGUACAGAAAGAAAGAGAGCAAAGGCUUCCUGGGUAUAAAAUGGAAGAAGUUCUGGUUUGUGCUGAAGAAGACGGCUCUCUACUGGUACAACAACCAGCUGGCGGAAAAGGCUGAAGGCUACAUUGACCUCGCCAACUUCAUGAUCGACAGAGCCAUAGAGUGCAAGAAGAAACAUGCGUUCAAAGCUUGCCACCCACACGUCAUGAUGUUCUAUUUUGCUGCUGAGAGCCACGAGGAGAUGAACUUAUGGUUGAAUAAGCUUGGACUAGCUGCAAUUCACUAUGCGCCGACAGAACCAAGCACUGCCGUUGAGUGUUAUAGUGAAGCCAGUGACCAUGAAGAAGCUGAAAGCACAGAGAUUCCCCCUCCACCAUACUGUGAACAAACCCUGCGGGACUCCGUGGAUGCGUCCGGUCCACCUGGAAGCACACAUCAGGGUACCCUUCCUCCCCCCUACUCCUCCGCAGUCCCCAGCGAAGCCAACGGUUCGCUCUCGUCUCCCGUCAGUACGAUGACAUCACAGAGCUCCACGUCCUCACUUGCCAAGCACCGGCAGUCCUGGUUGGACCUGGUCUCGCAGGCUUCCCCUCCCACUGAGGAAACAGCGGUGCUGUGCUCAGUUCAAGUACACUCACAUCAACCUCCGCAAAAAGAAACGGAAGAAAAUGAUGACUCCCAGGUGUUGGAGGGCUUGCUUCAACCGGACCCUCCUGAAGCGGGAUCCAGUGAGAAAAGCCGUGCUGCGGAGGGGGUGUUACAAGAGGUUGUGUCAGGUGCCGUAAAUGAAGAGGUUCAUGGGAACAGUUCAGAUGAGAUGGAGAAGCUGUAUAUUCGUCUAAAAGAGGCCAGCCUCUCGCCACUAGGAGAUCGUAAACCAUCCACGAAAAGGGAAUUUAGAGCCUCCUUCAUAAAACGCUGUAAAAACAACACUGUCAAUGAUAAAUUGCACCUUAUCAGGACUCUCAACAGCACAUUAAAGUCAAAAGAGGCAGACCUACAGGCAAUAGAGCAGGUAUUGUCGGACCCGGGGCUCACCUCAGGCAAGUUCAGGGAGUGGAAGGGGGCCAAUGUACCAUUGGUGAAGGAUAUCCGCAUUAAACAGGACCAGCAGGUGGCAUCAAAGGCCAUAAAAGCUGCAGCAUCAGUCAUUGCUGCUCCCGUGGUCGAGACCAGUUUAUAAAGACUCCUCGUGACUGGUGUCUGGACUUGGAGGACUUAACAUUUACAUACUUUGGACACACCCACUGCUGUUUUCAAUUGAGACUACUGUUUGAUAUCAGCGGACUUAAGUGCUAUUCAACAAGUAACUGGAUCAAUGAAGAAUAGUGUUUUUAGUUCCUAAAUGGAGAUGAUGCGGACAUUAUAUGAUUAGCAGGUCACAUUAAAAUGUGAAAUAUCUUAGUAUUACUUUUACUGUUUGUUUUGUAAAAUGCAAUUUUACUGGUGAUUGUUUUACGUUGUAAUUUUAUAAAUCUGGAAAAUUGUUUUAAUAUUUGGAAUGAUGGAGUAUGUUGUUAUAAUUGAUCCAUUGUUCUUUGCAUGGAAACAUUUGUGUUUACAGUAGUUUCAAUCUACUUUGAUUUAAUCAGUGAACACAUUUUAACUGUUUUAAGGCAAUUAUUGUUGCCAUGCACCAUCACUGCCUGCUACACAUGGCUUUUACAGCAACUGUUGAUGAAAUGAAUGAUUGGCGCGUUUGUUUGCCCAAGUAAUUGUAUCAUCAUGCGUCAUCAUACUACAUCCUUAAGACUUUCCAAACUGAACACCAGGGCCUGCACUAACUGAAUAAACAUUGGUCAAGUCAUGAUAAUUUCAGAUUUAAAUUUUAAGAGUCAAAGUGUCAAAGCAUUGUUACUGCAAUGUCAUGUAAAGCCAAGACAUAAGAAAUCACCUCAGUGUCAGUAGAUAAUGCUAUGUAAUUAUGUAUUCUACUUAACCAAAGAAUACUAUUUUUAGAUGAUGAAUUCCAACCAUAAUGCAAACAUGCUUUGGACUUUUUUGACCACAAGCACUGACAAAAGCAAACAACUUAAUUUCAAUUUUAUUGCAAAUGUGAAAAAUACUUUAUUAUUAAACAAUGGUAUGUCGUUUAUUGGCCCUAAGGCGGGAUGUAGCAGUAUUAGUUUGCAUGUAUACACAGGAUGCAUGAUGGAUACUUUUCAGGAAAAACAUCUAAUAUUUUUCUUGAAGGUGGACCACCCCUUACAUACAAGUUCAACAGACCCAACCAUUGUACUAGUUACACAUUAGCAGAUAAUUAGGAGGUCAUUCAGAGACAGACAUUGGGCAUAAUGUCUGCAGCUUAGAGCACAGCCAAAGCUCCAGAAAGCAACAUGUUUUGGAAUGGCCAGCAGAGUCAACUGACAUCAACACCUACUGGUAGGGGCUCAACCAAGCUCCAGGCACUAAGAUGUUUUUUCUGAAUUAUGUUUCAUCUGUUGUCCAUGUUAAAUUUUAACUCUGUGUAAAUAGUUGUACAUGGAUGUGUGAUGUGAAUUCUAUUUUGUGUCGAUUUUGGUAUGAAAGUCAGUGUGUUUGUUUGUAAAAAGGGAAAUAAAGUGUUUU